ACAUGCGUUUCUCCGGCAUUGCCUUCGCCCUCACGGCCUUCCUCUCGGCCUUCGUCGCCGCCGCGCCCACCGCCAACAACGACAUCGCUAAGCGUCUGCCUACUCCCGAGGAGUUCGAGGCUCUGGCCCCGGAACAGAAGAGGAAGGUCUACACUGCCUGGUACCGUGCUACCAACAUCCUCCCUACCUCCGAUGACUGCAUAUACUCACUUUCAAAUAGCUGA